UUUUCAGGCUUGCAGGCACUGAUUGCUGUGAUCUUGUUGUAUUGCACACCCAAAAGUUCACACUGAACAUGUACGCAUAGUGUAAUACAUGUAGGUGUGUUCGAUAUAUUCUCACUAGUUGUCACACGAGUGCAUUAGUCAGUAUGUCUUAAUGAGGUAAGAUCAUCCCCGUCCACAUUUUCCUUGGCCUUCUUGCAGUAUUUUAUAACAAUAAAGGUGCACAUCUAAUAUCCUAAUAUCAUAAUUCUUGAAAAAUUGAAAGAAAAUGAAAGUCAAGCAGAGUAUGCUUGUAUGCUGAAGCUUUUGAGUUGUUUUUCUGCCUGUAGAAGGUUAACCUCAAACUUGGGUUUACAUCUGUAUGAUACUACUGAUGACAGCAGUUAGUACAAAGUUACGACUGAGAAAUUUGCUUGACUUUUUGGGCACUGCUUUCAUAGAGUUGCAAGAUUAGUUGUUCCUGACUAAACAAAUCCAGGUAAAGAGGCCCCAUUAUCUUUCAUUUGAUUGAUUAGGAGUAUGAGGCAUUAGUUUUUGUUCCACGGCAAAUUUUAAGAAUUUAUGUGAACUUUUCACUUUCAGUUUAAUCAGAUCUAGUUUAAGGAAUUUAAAGUUUGUGUCACAAAAAUCUUGCCAAAACUCAAUGCAUAAUUUGGCCAAUAGCUUAAAUUUGUAUCUGAAGUCCCAAGAAAAUGCUUGGCUCAAGGAAAAAAAACCCAAUGAAGUAGACUUGUCUUUCUAUACGUGAUAAAUGUUUUAACUGGGCUAUUGAUCAGUGAUGCAUGUAUACUGCCUCUACCCACAGAAUUAUUGUUUGACAAGAUUGCAUGUCAUGAUCACCAGUCUCAUGAUUGCCAAUAUUUAUGUCAAGUGCUUAGUUUAAGUAUUAACCAGAAUGUGAAAAAUACAAAUACUCUUUCCAGUAUCCAGAUACUCUGUCAUAAAUUGCAAUUUCAGCGUGAAAAAGGGAUUAGAAAUGAGUGUACUCAUUUCUUUUGAGAAUUUGUUAUGAAGCAAUCAUAAUUACCUGACCCCAGGAUCAUGAAGUUGUCUUAGUCUUAAAUCAGACUUUCAUUUGAAUAUAGACACUGAUUUUCAAUUUUGUCAUAGAAGACAAAUAGGCCACUUCUAAGAACUAAAAGACUGAAGUAAAACUCCAAUCAUACAUAAAUACUUACGUAUUUAAUUCAGAAUUCCUCAGGUAGUGUAAUUCUUCAACCUUUGCAUGUUUGCAUGGUGUUUAUUCAAGUAGAUCCUGAAGCCAUUAUUCUGUGUAAACUGAUAAAAUCACUCUUUUUGGGAAGCCCUGAAAUUGGCCAAUCCAACCAAUGUAACUUUGUCUUCAAAAUCACGUAUAAAUGUGCAUAAAUUGCACUGAAAUUUGCUCUUUCGUAUGCAAAAAGCUUGAGGAAUUAGGGUUAGUCAACGUUUUAGCGACAUAAACUGUUUUAGAUUUUUUGACUUAAUCUGACUUAAUCAUAAACAGCUUUGUGAUCCUGGGGCCUUGGCUUUUCAAGAUGUUUGUGUUUAUAACUGUUUAUUCCAAACCUGCCUACAGUGAACAUUUGAUUUUGAGAUUGUCUUCUCAAACUGACCUGUAGACACCCAUAGCAUGCUGUAAUAACCCAGUAGCUUAUUUAUUCCCAUUGCACAUCUCUGCUGCAUUGUGGGCUUAACAUGGUGCUGGAGACACCAUUUUUGGUCAUGCUUUGUGUACAGGGUUGAUAAUGAUGUUCCUGUAACAAUGUCCAACUGUUAUCUUUAAAAAAGUUAAGAAAGGCAAGACUGAGGUUUUAGGUGUUUCAGAAUUCUUUAAUCAAAAUCUUAUGUGAAAUUUUGAUAAUGAAGACGGAAAAUGUACACAAAGAAUAAUAUUGUUGGAUGCAUUUAAUUUCUGGAAUGACAAAUGUAGUAAGACUGAGGCAUAGCCUUAUCAUUACCGUGCAAGCAAAUUUGAUCAACAAGCCCACAAUGAACAGAGUGAGUAGCUACAGUACCUAGGCAGUGAUGUCACUGAUCUGUUGUACAUGUAAACCUAUUGUAUGCAAACGCUUCUAACAUUCCAUUCAUGAUCAUAUACAAGUUUAUUAUGAAUAUGAAUGUUGAUAUUUACAUUAUCCAUUUACUAAAAUAAACUUUGUAUUCAGCUUCUAUUUAUAAGUGAGUGAUCAGUAUAAGUAAUGUUUGUUUACAUUUGUUCGUGUGUUUUAACAGUGUUUAUAAGCAUAUUGUUCCAUUUAAAGAUCAUUAUCCUUUCACAUUAUGUCUCUUAAUGUUACAUGUAAAUAUAAUCAUUAUUAUCAUAUAUAUAUGUAUAUAUAUUCCUCACCUUUCCAUAUUAAGCGUCAGUGUAUUAAUCACAAUUAUGUAUGGUAAUUGGCACUUACUUUUGCAUUAUUUUUCAUUUGCCUUUUUUUAUGUCCUAAGCUUUUCACCAUACUAUGUAUGCAAUGAUAGUGUCACAUAUAUGUAUAUGUGCAAUAUUAUAUGUACUUAUAUCAAAGGAACUAAAACUUUCACAAAAACUGAGAAAUUUCUAUGCUUUUUGUACAUGUAAUUCUGAGACAUUUUAUCACAUUCAGGUGUUUUAAGUCAUAUUGCCAUGUUUGAGAAUCCAGAAAGCAUGUCCCCAUCUUACAAACAACCACAGUCUAGCAUCCUUUAAGCACAUCCCCUUCCAGCAAAUGCAACCCCACCCAGAAAACUUGUCCCCACCCAGAAAACACAUUCCCUCCCGGCAUCCUGAAGCAUGUAACCUUCCAGCGAACACCUCCUCUUCCACUCACAGCUUCCUGCGAGUAUGCCCUCUUCCAGCAAACACGUCCUCAUCUAGCAAAAACACCCCCAUCCAUUAUCCAGCAAACAUGCCCACCAUUCAGCAUCAGUAAGCACAUUCCCAUCCAGCAAACAUGCCCACCAUCCAGCAUCAGUAAGCACAUUCCCAUCCAGCAAACAUGCCCACCAUCCAGCAUUCAGCAAGCACAUUCCCAUCCAGAAAACAUGCCCGCCAUCCAGCAUUCAGCAAGCACAUUUCCAUCUAGCAGACAUGCCCGCCAUCCAACAUUCAUCAAGCUCAUUCCCAUCCAGCAAACAUGCCCGCCAUCCAGCAUUCAGCAAGCACAUUUCCAUCUAGCAGACAUGCCCGCCAUCCAACAUUCAUCAAGCACAUUCCCAUCGAGCAAACAUGCCCGCCAUCCAGCAUUCAGCAAGCACAUUUCCAUCUAGCAGACAUGCCGCCAUCCAACAUUCAUCAAGCUCAUUCCCAUCCAGCAAACAUGCCCGCCAUCCAGCAUUCAGCAAGCACAUUUCCAUCUAGCAGACAUGCCCGCCAUACAACAUUCAUCAAGCUCAUUCCCAUCGAGCAAACAUGCCCGCCAUCCAGCAUUCAGCAAGCACAUUUCCAUCUAGCAGACAUGCUCGCCAUCCAACAUUCAUCAAGCACAUUUCCAUCUGGCAGACAUGCCCGCCAUCCAACAUUCAUCAAGCACAUUCCCAUCCAGCAAACAUGCCCACCAUACAGUAUUCCACAUCCCCGUAUUGCACACAGGUGCCCAUUUAGUCAUAUAUGUUUGAGUAAUGCAUAUGCAUCCCCUGCCACUUGUUCACAGGGCCAUGAGACUUCAUUGAAGGCCUCCAUCUGGGAGACUGUGACCGGCAUGUACAAGAAACUCUACAAGCCGUUCCAGAUUGACAGCCCAGACUUGAAGCCUAUCCCCAAGACAUUACAUUGUCCCUACAACAGAGACAAGGACUAUCUGUUUGAUAUUAAGGAUCAAGUGAGCUUCUUUGACAGUGCUCAGAGAAGUCGUAUUGUGGAAUUCAUCCUCAGAAGGAAACAUUUUUCACAGUCUGAUAACAAAGAUGUUUCUUUCGGGAAAAAAAGUCAAAAAGUUCGCAAAGCAGGGUUUGCAGGCAUCAAGAAAAUGAUAGCUGAUGGCCACUUUGCAGCAUCUUAUCCACUGCAUGAGGGUCACUGGAAGCCAAACUCUGCUCCCAACAGGAGGAAAAUUCUGUUUGACCACUGGGCAAAUUGGAAGAACUUUCUGAAAAUACAACCUCUAGGAUAUGUCCAGCGUUACUUUGGAGUGAAGGUUGGUCUAUAUUUUGCCUGGCUGGGGUUCUACACAGCCAUGCUUGUGCCCGCAUCAGUCAUGGGUGUGUGCGUCUUCAUCUAUGGAUUGUGUAUCAUGAACAGUAGUACCCCAAACGCUGAGUUAUGUGAUCCCAACAACAACAUCACAAUGUGUCCUCUGUGUGACAGAAGCUGUCCCUACUGGAAACUUUCGGAUGCCUGUGAUCAUGUCAAAGUCAGCCGGAUUGUGGACAACAGGGCUACUGUGGCCUUUGCUGUCUUCAUGUCACUCUGGGGUACUUUAUUCCUGGAGUUUUGGAAGAGGAAGGAAGCAGUGAUAGCCUACAAGUGGGACAUGUCAGCGUAUGAAAAUGAAGAGGAGCCUCCUCGCCCUGAAUAUUUGGCCAAGCUGAGCCAGGAGGAUGGGAAAAUGGAGAAACGAAGACAUCCAGUCACAGGGAAGUCUAAUAUAGACUAUAUCCAGAUGUGGAAUCUAGAACCUCACAUACCAUUUUGGAGUCGGAAAGUCCCAGUGUUACUGAUGGCAUGGAGUACCAUGCUGUUUUUGGUGUCUGUAGCCGUCGUGGCAGUUAUUGGUGUGAUUGCUUACCGAAUCUCCAUUCUUGCUGCUCUCCAACUGAGAAGUGAGGAACUCAUCUAUAAAAACGCCAGCUUAGUCACCACGGCAACUGCAGCCAUCAUCAAUUUGGUUGCCAUCAUUAUUCUUAAUAUGAUCUACAGCCGCAUGGCUUUCUGGCUGACAGACAUGGAAUGUCUGAGAACACAGAGUGAAUAUGACAACAGUAUCACCCUCAAACUCUUCACCCUGCAGUUUGUCAACUACUAUUCCUCCAUUGUUUACAUCGCCUUUUUCAAGGGGAGAUUUGUUGGCAGACCUGGGAAGUACAAUACCUUGUUUGGAGCCAGACAAGAAGAGUGUGAACCCGGUGGCUGUCUCAUUGAACUGUGUAUACAGCUAGCCAUCAUUAUGAUUGGUAAACAACUGAUACAGAACAAUCUGGUGGAGCUUGUCAUCCCUAAAGUCCUGAAGAGAAUUCGCAAGUUUUGUGCCAAACAGACCAAAGAGGAACGUAUGGCAAGAACGGCGUGGGAGCGGGAUUUCCAGCUGAAUUCCUCAGAGAGCAUGUCCCUGUUUUAUGAGUAUCUGGAGAUGGUUCUCCAGUUUGGCUUCCUCACUCUGUUCGUGGCUGCCUUCCCUCUGGCUCCACUCUUCGCUCUGAUCAACAACAUUAUAGAAAUCCGUCUUGACGCCAACAAGUUUGUGAGGGAUUUACAGCGGCCCUCAGCAGAGAGGGUCAAAGAUAUUGGUAUUUGGUACAGUGUGCUGUAUGGUGUGUCUAGAAUUGCCAUUAUCUCCAAUGCCUUCAUCCUGGCGCUGACGGCUGACUUCCUCCCACGACUCAUCUACAGGAUAGCUUACAGUGAGGAUGGCACCAGUAAAGGUUUCUGGAAUGGCACGCUGUCCUAUUUUGAUACUUCUGAUUUUGAGAAUGGUUCACAGCCACUGGACAUUUCCAGAAAAGUAGACAUAUGCAGGUAUCGUGAUUUCCGUAACCCCCCAUGGCACACCCCCUCCAAGGACAGGUAUGAGUAUUCCGAGAUGUACUGGCACAUCAUGACUGGCAGACUGGCCUUCGUCGUCGUCUUUGAGAACGUUGUUGUUGUACUGACAAGUCUGAUAGCCUGGAUGAUUCCAGACAUGCCGAUCAAAUUGAAGAACCAGAUCCACAGAGAGAAUCGCAUUAUCAACGAAGUCAUCCUGAAGACAGAGCUGCAACGAGCGCAGUUUCGCGCUUCAAUUCGAGGACGCCCUAAUCAGGCGAAUGGUACCGACCCAAAUGCUCCCCCCAUGGGACCACCACUUGGGAAGACGAAUCUACCUGUGGUCGAUGAUGGAGAGAUGGAAUUGAGGGAACGAACGAACAACGGCCGGAAAGAACAUGCGACAUACCUGUAGUCCGGCAGGCACGCUCCAGUGGUUGACUGUCACCUGUCUGCCCACAGUAUGACCAUUGGUCAUCAGUGCCUUCUCAAUACUCAUUUGUGUACAUAGCUCACUACUGGCUGUUGUAGAAUCGACUAGCUCCUCUCUAAUGUAACUUAAUUGUUGUAAAGAUGCUAGAGUGGUUGAAAAUGUUGUUUUAACAGGAUGCAGGAAAAUUCGUCAGAACAGGCCUAUGGUUUCUGGACAUUUAAAUGACAGUGAAUAGGUUAGAUGCUUUUUGGUUUUAUUGAAUUUAUUGUACAGCCCCAUAUUGUAGAUAUUAAUUCUAUGAUCAUUGAUAUGCAAUCCAUUUAACAUUGUUCAGUUAUUUUGUCAACGAAUAAGUUUUCACUGAUGCUGGCAGAUAUUAUACCGAUCCCAUACAUACCUGUAUUCUUCUAAAAUUUGGGACAGAUACUAGUAGUGUUGAAAGUAGAAUGACAUUUCUUUACCAGCCUUUUGGAAAAGUAAAAAUAUGAGCAUGCCCCUUGUCUAUGUCUAACCUUGUGAGAAAAAAGAAAAUCAAUAUUCCCGCUAGAAUUACAUAUAUAUACACUAAAAUGAGCAGACCAGACCAGGUGUCCAAAUUUUAGAAGAAUUGGGGUAUGCAAAUUUAUAUACAUAUAAGGAGAUAUUUUUAUAGACUUAUAAGCUCCAAAAUGCAUACGUGUUUACCUUGCUCAGGUUGUAACGUGGAAACAACGCAUUUGAGGUGUUCGUUGACAUGUUUUGCACUGUUGCUACAUGUGGUUAUGCUCCUUACGAAAAGAUCAAGGAUCUGUUUUAAAGAAUUUGCAAUCUGUCAGAAAAUAUAAUUUAAGACAUUAAACACAACUUAAAACGAAGGCCUAGUUUUUCAAGCAGAUAGAUGACCAGAAAUGCUUCAUCACAUGUUCAGAUGAAGGAAUAUGUUUCUCCCAUACUCUUGUUGUGCCUAAUCAGUGAUUGGCUAAUAUUUAGUCGUUUUAUGUGACGUAAGCCAAUAAAAAGUUGUUAAAUUCUCUUGUUAAUCAAAUGAAAAUAAGUAAAGUUUGCUCAGUCAGUGUCGAGCAAGCCAGAUUUUGCGAAAUUUCACCUAGAUUUGACCAAAUUAUGACUAGAAUAUGUAAAUAAAUUCCCUUCAUUGCAGGCCUAGAGAUUUGACAAAGUGCAGAAAUGUGUAAUUCUAGACUGCAAGCACUUUUAGCUUAGAUACAGCGUCCAAAUCAUGGUCACUGUAUUAAAACUUGAGAACACAAACCUGAUGAUGUAGCUUAGAGACAAUGACUUAUCAUUGAAUCAACUUGACUAUGACACAUACAGUGUUUGGCCACAUGUUCCGCUUGCCAGUCGCAGGUGAUUGUACCAAAUAAUGAACUACUGAUUCUGAUCAUUGGGAGACUUUAUGUAUUUGGGCAUUAUUAUCCUUAGUCGAGUCUUCCUGCUAAACCGCCAAAUCAAUCCUGCUUUAACCCGACUGCAGACUAGAAAUGUUAGCAAUGGUGCAUGCAGGCAUUAAAUAGAUAUACAAGUAUGUCUUUGCUAUUAACGGUGAUAUAUUUGUGAUUGUAAGGUCAUCAAUCCCUCGGCUAUCCGCCCUUGUAAAGUCAUAAUGUAUUUAACUGUUGUGGACUCGUAAUAACUGCUGCUGUUGCUGCUAACUCACAGUAACUGCUCUUAGUUUUUUUUUUUUUUUUUUGCAGUGUGAAUGUAGGGAUUGCAGAUUGUUUUCUGAAUGCUCAGAUCUGAAUUUUAUUCAAAUUAAUGUAGCAUGUGAAAUAUUUUUUUUUUGGAGCAAAUUAGUAUGUCUUGGUUGUGUUGAGAGUGUAACUUUUGACUUUACAGUGAUACUUGUGUCAUAUGUUAUCUUUAAUGUUAUUAUUGUGUGGCCUUUCUAACUUAACUGUGAGAUUUGGUGAUGCUUCUAACAGAAAUACCGGUACUCUUGUAACAUAUUUACAAUAUCUGUGUGAAAUGCAAUAUUGGCACAUGUGCUUUUGAAAUUACACUUUUUUGUGAUACAAAGCUCUCUGGCAGAGUUUAUUUUGUAUUUCUCUACAGUUUUGUCUGCACUGUUAACAGUUACCCUGUCUAGAGAUUUUUAUUCUUUUGUUAGAAUUUUUACACAUCAUGUAUGUUAGAUCUGAACUUGGACUUAUCUGAUCUUUUGUAUGAAAUUGUUUCUGGUUUGUUUUUUUUUUAAUUAUUUUUAAGGUUAUUUUAUUUGUUAUUUCAGCAAACCCAUGGUAAGACUUGUUCUAUUAAAAUUUUUAUAUAAACGUUUUAUAGCAGACCUAUAGGCCAGAAUUUCUUUUUGGUUACAUUUACAUGUAUAGUCAGUCUUUAUUAUAUACACUCUGCAUGUGCGUACAUUGACAAAAUUACUCUUACUAUAUGAACGAAGAGAAUUUGGUUGGAGAUAUCAUAGAUAAGUGUUAACCCCAUACCAUGUAUUCUUAAAGUAUUUAUCAAUAGAAACUUUAUAUUCACAGAGCAUGUGAUAUUGUCUCCAGAAUCUGUACAUGUAACUUAUGCUUAUUCAUCAACAAUUUUACAGAAAAGACUCAGUCCAGUUAUCUAUCUCCCUUCAACUCUGACAUAACUUUUCCAUAGAUCCCUUCCUUUAGAAAAAUUUCUGUCAUAUUGUACUCAAAUACAUGCACCGUAGAGAUGUGUGUGGCUGAAGUUGUGUGUGACAGCAUGUGAUGAUUGAACAAGCCAGCCAACCAGCCAUUUAUUCAUAUAAGGUGAAAGUCCUUGCAUGCAUCAUUAUUCUUGCCACCCAGCCAUUAUAUGCAUAGAUUCUCAAUUGUAUUUGAUUCAGGGGUGAAAAUAGGAGCGUGUAAUUCAUGUACGGUGAAAUCUCGCUUUAAAGUGAGAUUUGCAUGCUAUCAGAUAAACCUUUGACUAUGUGUUGCAGAAAAUUCACCAUGAAAAGCAUGAUUUUACAUUACAUGAAUUGUAUCCCAGUCUAAGUAGGAUCUGGGGCCAUUUCUGACUCGUCAAAAUUUAAAAACUCUGUACGAUGCUUAGCUUUUGGUACAGUAAGUUGAAAUUUGGACCCAUUUGUCUUAAGAUAACAUUGAUGAAGGGUACAAAAUAUUAAUUUCUAAAACCCCCCCAGAAUUUUGGCUCUGUGGAAUCCACCCCUGGUUGUGUCAGUUAGUUACAAAGACCACAUUUUAUACUGUAGGUGACCAGUGCAAGCCACAUACUAAAUCAAGUUGUAAAUCACACAUUGGGUAUGUCAUUGUAAGUGGAGGUAUUGGUAGACUAGUCAAAUACCCUUUGGACAGAAGAUGCAGUCCUUUGUUUUCGUUUAAAUAAACAAGUUUCUGAUUUGUUUUUCACAGUUUUAUUUUUCUUUAACUCUUUGAUGUCUGAUAAAACAGUUACAUAAUUUGACAUGCAUUUCAUAAAUAAAGGUUUAAAUAA